AAGCACUAUUCCCUAUUUUCUGUAGAUAACGCGAAGAGCGAUCGAUAUGGAUUGUCCUUUUUGCUCCAACAAUCGGGCUUUACCAUCUCCGCAAGACCCGUUGGAGCUUCGUGGCCAAGCGAAGCCGGCUCGUGCUCGGAAGGUGGAGUCGAUUCCCGUUCACUUCGUUGGGUCUGAGCGGAGCCUUAUCCGACUCUGCCGUAAAGAUUCAGAAGGCAUUUAGGGGAUUCUUGGUGAGGAAGUGCGUGCAAAAGAUCGCUGCGAUUAGGAAGGAAGUGGACGCGAUAGAGUACAAGAUUGCGGAGAAGUAGACCUUCGAUUUGAUUCUUAGGGAUUCGAUGGAGAGAUUGAAGGUGAUUGAGACGUUGAUGAGCUUGCUGUUUAGGUUAGACUCGGUGAGAGGAGUCGACUCUGGGGUUAGGAAUUUCAGGAAGACGAUGGUGAUUAAGAAAGCCAUUGCGUUGCA